AUGUCCAACUACUAUCCCCAGCAGCCCCAGCAGGCCUACUACGGUCCCCCUCAGGGUCAAUACGGUCCUCCCCAAGGCCAGUACGGUCCUCCUCAGGGCCAGUACUACCCUCCUCAACAACAAAUGGGAUACCAGCAAGGACCUCCCCCAUGCAGCAAGCACCACAGAAGAAGGACCGCGGAUGCCUGGCCUCCUGCUUGGCAGUGCUGUGCUGUUGUUUCGUCUGCGAGGAAGGCUGCGAGUGCUGCGCCGACUGCUGCGAGUGCGCAGAGGACUGCUGUUAAACACGCAACAAUAACCAUCUGGUCGAGCAUGUCAGAAAAUGGCGACCUGAACAGCCUGGACCACAAGCCCAUACACCAAGAGGAAAGAGCAGUGUGCAUAAUGCGAGAUGGACCAGUCGGAGGAGAGACGGCAUACACACGUCUUGUCAUCUAG